CCGGAUGCAAACCGAAAUCGAACAAAUAUUUUCUCCAACCUAAUAUUCAAUAACAAAAAAAAAAAAAAAGAGAAAAGGUGGAAUUAGAGAAUAUAUAAAAAGGAGAGGCUCACGACGAAGUCGACUUGACUUAAAAGAGAAUCCCAUCAUCAUAAAAUCCAAAUCCCUUGGCUGCGUUUCUUCUGCAUUGACCGGAUCGCUUCGUUCUUACGCGGAUUCAUCCUCAAUUCACCAUGACUCGUGGAAGUCAGAGAGAGCGUGACCGUGAAAGAGCCGCGGCUCGUGCUGGAGGAAAAGGAAAGGGUGCUGACGACGGAUUGACGCCGGAGCAACGCCGUGAAAGAGAUGGAAAAGCAUUGCAAGAGAAAGCAGCAAAGAAGGCUGCUCAAGCUGCAGCUGCUGCAGGUUCUGGUGGAGGAGCAGGAGGCAAAGGAACUGCUAAGAAGUGAAAUCAUUUGGUCUGUCUAUUCGGCGCAAUAAUGUAGACUUUUACGGGUUUUUUUUUAUUAUAAACAUCUCGCAAAAUGUUUCAAAUUGGGUUAACUUCGACUUGAGUUGUACUCUUGUCUGAAUCCCGUUAUGCUGUUUCUCUGUUGAAAAAUUUAUGUCUGAUGCUUGCGGUAACUUAUUUGGCCUUUAUAUGAUCUGUUAUGAAUA